AUGUGUCACACUGACUGCUUUACCUGUACUGAUGUCGGGUACGACAAGUGUCUUACAUGUCAGCCUUCUCUCUUCUUUCUCGGUAACCGCUGUUACCAGCUCUGUCCAUCAGGCUUCUUCGGAGACUCUGCUACUAAAACCUGCAGCGCAUGCUCUGAUGGUUGUGAUUCUUGCUUUGGUACUGAAGACAACCAAUGUGUGUCUUGUAAAGCUAAUCUGUAUCUAGCAGAGUCGAAAUGUCAAGAGUCUUGUCCGGCGUCCUAUUACACCACUGGUGAUGAACACGUUUGUAAACGUUGCCAUUAUACUUGUAAAGCUUGUGCUGGGGACUCCAUCCACCAGUGCGAGAGUUGUAUCAGUAACCUGUUUCUCUUAUCUGGUGACUGUCUCCGAGAGUGUCCCUCUGGUUACACUCCUAACUCCAACACAGGGACAUGUGACAAGUGUGCAGAUAAUUGUAGUGCCUGUUCUGGUGUAGAGCCCAACCAGUGUACGGGUUGUGUUCCUCAUUUCCGGCUAGAUGGCAAUGUUUGUAACCCUGCUUGUCCUGAAGGACAAUACAGUUUAGGAUCCGACGGAAAAUGUAAAUCUUGUGGCCACAGAUGUCUGUCCUGCGCAGGACCAGAUGAUUGUACCUCCUGUAAUGAGGCCACAUUCCGUUACAAUGGUGAGUGUCUGACAAAAUGUCCGGUAAGUAUGUUCAAGAGAGACCGAGCAUGUUUACCGUGCGACAAAGCUGGUGCUUGUUUAGAAUGUGAUGCGAUGGGAGCGUGCAGAAACUGCAAGGAGGGGUACAAAUUAACUCAGGGUAACUGUAAUAACCCCUGUGAGAGAGGACUCUACUUGAAAGAUGAUGCCUGCCACACGUGUCCAACAGACUGUGCAGCUUGUAACGGCCCUUCUGAGUUCUCCUGCACAGCUUGUAAAGACUCCACCAUCGAGUCUCUGAGAGUGAAGUACAACUACCAGGACGAGGUGUACUGUGGAGGGUGCAGUGGUGGGUGUGAGUUGUGUCUUCAGCAGUAUGAUAACUACUGCGUCUCCUGUCAUCCUGGUAAACAUCUCCUCAGAGACACGACUCUAGCUCAGCGAGCACAAUGUGUUGAGGCCUGUCCUGCUGGUACCUUCCCAACUCAAACUAAUGGUCUGUCAGAAUGUGUUCACUGUCAUGAGUCCUGUGGUGAGUGUAAUGGUCCCUCUGCUACCUCUUGUGCUUCCUGUGGCCCAGGUUUGAUGCUCGAGGAGAGCUCUUGUGUAGCUCAAUGUUCUGAAUCGUUCUAUCUCAGCGGAACAGCCUGUUUGCCUUGUGAUAACAUUUGUAAGAGUUGCAAUGGACCUGGUUCCAAGUCCUGUUUGACAUGUCCCCCCGGAUUCGUAAACCAGGCUCAAGAAUGUGUUCAUUCCUGUAGUCCUGGUUUCUUCCAAAGAGGAGACAGCUGUGAAGCAUGCCACCCCACGUGUCUGGAAUGUAGUGGAGAAAGCGCGCACCAGUGCAGCGAAUGCAUCGCCGGCUUCUCCUUAGCGGGCGAGAGUUGCGUGAACGCCUGCAGUCAGGGACUCUUCAACGACCACACUCUUAACACCUGUAAACCAUGCCACGUGACCUGUACCAACUGCACGGAAGGGGGACCCGCUCAGUGUCUGACCUGCAAAGCGCCCCUCGUAAAGAACACUGAUAACAACGAGUGCUGGCAAUGUUGCAAUGAGGGAGCACGUGAUCGCUGCUGCUACUGCUCUGGUAGCAACAUCAACACCUGUACUCUCCUUGCUGAGAGUUUUGAUAAACACGAUGCUAGUACAUGGAGCUCUUUUACGCGGUAUGUUGUUGGCGGAGUUCUGAUCGUGGCGCUGUUAGGUGUUCUCAUCUGCCCCUUAUAUCAUUGGAAAAAUAAACAGGCGCCUACCUAUUCCCUGCUAAACGAUCAGGACUCUGAUGAAACGGACAGAUUCAACAGAAUAAACGAAGCGUACAGAGUUGACGAGGACGACGAAGAUUUUGUCUCCAUGAUUCACUCAUGA